AUGGAUAUUCUCAUGUAUUAUUAUAAUAAAUGUUUUGCAUUCAUCAUUCGAACAUUUAUGCGCGUUGCCAGAAGUGUAUCGGCCAAUCCAGAUGAAAUACGCCAUAUCAAAACCCGAGAUGCUGGCCGAACCAUCGCGGUUCAUCAGUAUCAGCCGUCCGGCUCAGGCCCAACACCCGUCCUCCUCAACUUUCAUGGAAGUGGCUUCGUGCUACCCCUCCAUGGCAGCGAUGAUGAGUUUUGUCGGCGAGUCAGUCAGGAAACCAAGCACACUGUCUUAGACGUCACCUAUCGUCUGGCACCAGAACACCCGUUCCCCGCCGCGCUGAACGAUGUGGAAGACGCCAUCAAAUAUGUGUUCACACGUCCAGAUGAAUUCGACCUGACUCGUGUAUCUAUAUCUGGAUUCAGUGCUGGGGGCAACCUCGCGCUGGCAGCUGCGUCAAACCUGUUCCCUCGCGAUACGUUCCGCUCCCUGCUAGCAAUCUAUCCUGUGACCGAUCUAAGCCCUGGCCCUGCUUCGAAGAUUGCCCCCGCACGUGGAGACUUUGCAAUUCCUCUUCCUGUCAUGCGCCUCUUCGACCGCUGCUAUAUACCCUCAUCCUUCGACAAGCGGGACCCGCGAAUUUCGCCGCUCUAUGCCCAGGCGGAUCGAUUCCCACGACGUGUCCUUAUGAUCACCGCAGAUGGCGAUACUCUUGCGCUUGAAGCAGAGGAACUGGCCCGGAAGAUCAAGGAAUUGCAAGGCUGGCAUGUGGUCAGCGAGCGCAUGCAGGGGUGUAGCCAUGGAUGGGAUAAGAGCACGAGGGUGGGAACUCGGCAAUACCAAGCUAAAGAGCGGGCGUACCAACUGGCAUUCGACAUGUUGAACGAGUAG